AUGAAGUCACCGAAGCUUUUAGCCAAGAAGACCAUGAUCGCCAAGAUCUUGUCAAGCCGCAACAAAUGGGCUAUCUGUGAUCGAACUCUCUAUCCGAUUUACUAUCUUCUUCUCAUUCUUGGCUUGAAUCAAUCUAUUCGUCCAAACAAUUCUCUGCUCUUCCGCAUCUACAGUUGGCUUGUGUUUUGUCUUUUGCUGUUUACCACAAUCCGCAAAUUCAAUCAAAUUGGUGUCCGACCAAAUGGAACUCGCGAAAGUGCUCAGGAGUUCUUUGCUAACCCGCGUUCUUUGAUCACCCUGUGCAAUGCAUUGAUAAUGUUGAGUGGACUCCUUGCUUCUCUCCAACUCUACUCCCUCGGGGCUAAACGUCUCAAACCAUUGAAGAUUCUAUGCCAAUUCUCAUUGAAUGUUCGUUCCAAAGAGGCCGAACGCCGUCAAUUUAUGAUAAACACCUUCCUGGCGGUUUUCAGUGGUAUUCUUGCUCUCACCAUGGCUGCUACCUAUGCUUUGUCAAAGUGGGGAUACAUUUUGUACAUUGUGGGAACUCCAAAUCUGGAUACUGAAACUAUCUUCUGCGUUCUUCUGGAUGCUUAUGCGCUUUUCGUUUCUCGUGCCGCCAUCUCCGCUCUUGCAAUUCUGUUCUAUCAACACUGUUCCGUUAUCCGUCGUUCUAUCAAACACUUAAUCAAUGAAAUGGUUCCACAAGAGCAAGAUGAGUGCCCACUUCCGGAGACAUCUAUCCAGAAGAUUCACGAUUGUCAAAUCAGUUAUCAACGGAUUUUCAACGGAAAGGCUGUGAUUGAGGAGUAUUACUCAUUUGUUCUAUUCUACUCAUAUGGUGUCUGCAUUCCAAUUUUCUGUUUCUUAAUGUUUGUCGUGAUGAGUUCUCAAUCGAUUUGCUGGUCGGAAGUUGUCACUAUCGUUAUCUGGAUUAUCAAUGCUAUCCUCGUCCUCCUCCUGUUCAGUCUCCCAGCUUUCAUGAUCCAUGAAGAUGGUGAUCGUCUUGUUGCUUCUUCAUUCCGCAUGUACCACGAGACUUUCCAUGAGGAGCGUGACCUGACUGUUCUGUCUCAAAUGACGUUCUUCACCUUCCAAAUUCACUCGACCAAACUCACUCUCUCGGCUUGCAACUACUUCUACAUGGACCGCUCUAUUCUCCUCUCGCUCUUCUCAGCAAUUCUCACCUACUUCCUCAUCCUUUGGGAAUUCGAUAUCAAGAACAAGCCUAUUUCCGGCAACUACACGCUUCAGCCAUAA